CUGGAGUGAUGUAGUUAGUGUAGCACGUGAGACACACACACUUCAGUGCAGGCAACUCCCAAUGUUGUCAAAUCAGGUAGAUGGUGCGACGACCACGAAGGAAUAUAGAACGCAUGCGGGGACAUGAUGUUCCGCCACUCAGACCGCAUUCACUCCGAGACUAUUAACCGGAUGUUUUGGGACCGUCAGCCUGUGAGCCAACGUGAGUGACAAGUGCGAUAUCUUGCUUCACAUGAAAUGAAUUACAAAGGAGUUUGAGUGACAGCUUACUUGGUAGCUUCUAAUGCAGGCCCGUUGCAGACAGAUUGGACACUUUUCUUGAUCUGCAUCACAUUUGAUACUUGAGCAUUCUACAAUCAUGCCAAUUAUAUACGUGUCACCCGAGAAUGACCCGCAAAGCGAAAUACCCAAUACUGGAAGUAAACGGCGUUCGCUACCCAUCCGUCUUUGAUGAGGAGAUCAUCCGGAACAUGAUGGAUGUGGACAUGAACGAUGAUGACGUAAUGUUGUGUGGAUAUAUGCGAUCUGGGACUCACUGGUGUUUUGAAGUAAUCAACAUGCUGUUGAGGAAGUGUGACGACACGAUACCCUACAGGAAGGAAGACUUUCACAUCGAGCAAAGAUCCAAUGAGAAGCUUGCACAUCUUCCUUUACCCCGAGUUCUCAAUGGACACAUGCAUUUUGAACUUCUCCCCAAAGCGGCACUGGAAAAGAAGUUGAAAAUUGUUUAUGUUUUGAGAGACCCACGAGAUGUCACCUGCUCUUGGUAUCAGCUGAUGAAAAAGUAUUUUCGGGACAGAGAGGUUGAGAUAUGUCCUCUUGCAGACUGGAUGAAGUUAUUCCUAAAUGGCAAACUUGAUUGGGGCUCCUGGUUCGAUCACGUGAAGAACUGGGAGAAGGCCAUGGUCAAUCCUCAGCACUCCUCAUCGAUUUUAGUGGUCCGCUUUGAGGAUCUUGUGACACAACCAGUUCGAGAAAUUGAAAGAAUCGACAAAUUUCUCAACACGAAAACAGAUGACAAGUUUCGGAGACGAGUCGUGGAGAAGUGUAGCCUUGACAACAUGAUACGAGACAAGCACUCCGUUACAGAUAAGCUGGAGGGGAAGAGUGUUCAUUUUGUUCAAGGAAAGAUCGGAGCAUGGAAGGACAACUUUUCUGCAGAGCUGAGCGAAUAUUUCAACCGUGUCUACCACGACGAAAAGAUGAAAGAUUCCAAGUUCUACAAUAUGUACAGACAGCAUUGAAGUCCAUACUGACAACAUGUCGCAGUUCGUUGUCGUAGUUGGUUGUCUUUGGUUGUCUGAGGAAUCGUGACACCAUCACUGACUAAUCCAUCAUAAUUAUAUGAUUUUCAGAAAAUUCAACAACCCAAGUUUUCAAAACAGGUUAGAUUGUGGGAAUGGUAAAAGGGACUUUGCAUUUAGUAGACAUUUUACUUACAUUUUAAGCUAAUCCAUCAUAAUUAUAUGAUUUUCAGAAAACUGAUUCACCCAAGAUAUAAGAAAAGGUUAGAUUGUGGGAAAGGUAAAAGAGUUACUUUGCAUUUAGUAGACAUUUUACUUACAUUUUAAGCUAAUCAAUCAUAAUUAUAUGAUUUUCAAAAAAAUUGAUUCACCCAAGUGAAAUUACAAAAAGGUAAGAUUGUGAGAGGCAUUUGGAAGUUGGAGUAGUAAGGAAGAAUAAUACAUGUAUAUAGAUUAAUAACUUAUUUAUCACAGUGAGAGCGACGUUUAGGUGUAGUAUUCACUUGGUAACGACGUCAGAACCUACACGUCGCUCUCACUGAAAUAAAGAAGUUGUUCAUCCAUAUAUUGUAAUCCUUCCAAGAAGUCUAAGUUUGGCGACAUUUGACGGUUAAUGAUUAUAAUUUAAGAAAUUAAGACAAUAUCUCUUUGCCAAGAACAAGAAAAAACCAUUUCUGACGAAUUGUUUUUCUCAUCGACAAUUCAAGAAAUUGUACUAAACUAUCAAACUUCAAAUCAAUUUCAAAUCGAAUCAUCCUAUAACUCAGCUCUACUGUACUUAUCUUACGGUAUUAGACAAGUCAACAUACUACAUAUGCAAACACGUCAUAACGCUAACAGAUUAAGUUACAGGGUACAGGGUAGGACUAAAGUAUUAGAAAUAGAAAUAAACUGUUUUUAGGCUGUUACUCUGUAUCCCUAAAAUUUACACUACUGCAAAUAGCAUAUGUCGAAAUAACCCACAUCAGCCUAACUGGGCGUUUAAAGGGAUGCGUAAUAGGAUAUCCAGA